AGCCAGCGUUCUUGAUGCGCAUGUGCAUUGUUCAACGUCAGUUUCCAUAGAAGAUGGCGAACGAGAUAGCGGCUGUUGGCAAAGGGAUUAGAAAACGAGUAACAACAACUGGAAGCGCUACCUUGUCCGACUUUCCAGAUGGUACAAAAGCAGUAUUCCAUUAUCGUACAGUUCUGUGUGAUCAGAACCGCACAGUGAUUGAUGAUAGCUCUGAAAGUGGAAAACCCAUGGAGCUUAUAAUUGGCAAGAAAUUUAAACUUCCAGUGUGGGAAACAAUCAUACGAACCAUGAAGCAGGGUGAAGUUGCUGAGUUUCUUUGUGAAACAUCGCAUGUCCUUGAGUACCCACAAGUGUCAUGUAGUCUGAGGCGAAUUGCUGCAGGACAGGAUCCCCAUGAAGGCCAGAGACACUGCUGUGGUGGAAUUGCACAGCUUCAUGAGCACUCACUAGGAUAUCCUGACUUGGAUGAACUUCGAAAAAAUCCUCAACUGCUCAUUUUCAUUAUUACACUUUUACGGGUACAAGAACCUGGUUCAUACAGACAAGAUGCAUGGGCAAUGACUGAUCAGGAAAAGCUAGUAUCUGUACCAAUUCUUCACCAAGAAGGAAAUCAGCUUUACAAAAAAGGGGAAACUAUUGAUGCCGCUGCAAAAUAUUAUGAGGCUAUUGCCUGCUUGAAGUCCUUGCAAAUGAAGGAGCAACCAGGUUCCCCUGAUUGGAUCGAUUUAGAUUUAAAGAUAACACCUCUUCUCCUUAAUUACUGCCAAUGCAAGUUGCUGGAGGGUGAUUACUACCAGGUUCUAGAGCACUGUUCAUCUAUACUCAACAAAUACUCUGAUAAUGUAAAAGCAUUGUUUAAGAGAGGUCGUGCACAUGCUGCUGUCUGGAAUGCAUCAGAGGCAGAGAAUGACUUUUCUCGUGCGGCCUCUCUUGAUCCAUCACUUGCACCCCUUGUUGCUAAGGAAAUGAAGAAACUUGAGGAGCGUUUACAUGAAAAAAAUCUUGAGGACAAAAUAAGAUUUCGAAAUAUCUUCAACUAAUUGCAGUUUAGGAACCAGUUUGUAAAUAACAUACCACAUUUAUAUAGGCCAGUACUACAUUGGGUGUUUAAUUUGUUUUAUUAAUACACUAAACAUUUAAUUUUGGUGCUCUUUGCCUUUUAGUCAGACCAUUCGUUUCUGUUAUGCAAAGUCCUUUCAGCAUCUAGUUGGUAGAUAAAAAUUGUUUAAAUUUAUAUACAUGUAUAAAAAUACAAAGCAGUGACAAAAGUGGAAACCCAAGAUAUCAUGUGCGGGCAUUGCGUUCUGUUUCAGCAAGACAUUCUCUCACAAGAGCACGGGCAUGAAUUAUACCUGGAAGGACAACAAUUGUUAGUAAAAUUAGUAUAAAAAAAAUAUACACACAUAUAUAUAUAUAUACACACACACACACACACACACUAUUUUUCACUCUGAAGGUCACUGCAACCCAUACUUUCUGAAUAUAGGAUCUCACCUCGCUUUAGUCUCUCCAUUGCACUUUUACUUCCAGCAUACGUUGGCCUGAUCUCUCUCCCCAUCUCCUCGAUUACAGCUAAGAGGUCACUGUAUGUACCUUGGGAAACUGCCUGAGACACAGCUGGCUUUGCUCCCUGUGACACAUAAGAAAUUAACUUAGAAAGCAAAGCACUGGUUGCAUUUCAGGAGAUUUAAUAUAUUCUAUAACGAGCAUGCAGUCAUUUUAAGGUCAUGUCCAUUAUUGUACCUAUCACUCCAACAAUAUAAAAACAUGUUUAUCUGGUUAUGUGCAUCCCUUUACACCAAAACUUUAACUACAGACUGGAUUUGGCCCUGUGCUUUUUGUGGCCCCUGGCACUUUAUAAAUGACAAUUUGAAUAAAAACUAGAGUACAAAGGUAGUUACUGUAUAAUUGGCACUUAAUGUUAAAAAAAAGUUUAAGAAUACUGCUCUACAAAUCAAAUUGGCGGUGGUUUCAAGGGAACCAAAUUAUUAACAGGAAAGGUCAUUAAAACUUAAAAAAUUGUAUUUUCUGUCUGCUAGCAAUCAGUACAGGUAUGCUUAAAAUAUACUAGCCUUCUUAACCUGUAAUUUUCUCUACAAAGUGGUUUUUAUCAGCCUGUGUAUGAUCAGCUUUAAAUGGGUUGUUCAUCUUUAAAUUAACUUUUGAUAUGAUGUAGAGUGAUCUGAGAUUAUUUGCAAUUGGUUCUCAUUUAUUAUUAUUUGUGGGUUUUGAAUUAUCUUUUUAUUCAGCAGUUCUUCAGUUUGCAAUUUCUGUGAUCAGGUUGCUAGGGUCCAAAUUAUCCUAGCAACCGUCCAUUGAUUUGAAUACCAGACUGAAAUAUGAAUAGACGUGAGCCUGAAUAGUACAAUAAAUGUUUAGCCUUAGAGCAUUUGUUUUUUAAAUGGGGGUAAUGAUCCCCAUUUAAAAGCUGGAAAGAGUCAGAAGAAGGCAAAUAAUGAAACUAAAAAAAUAACGAAGACAAAUUGAAAAGAUGCUUACUUCUGGUCAUACUAAAAAAUUCAACUUAAGGUUACCAAAGACCAUUUUUAUUGUUUAGUAAACUUUUCAGGUCAAACCUAUAUAACAGAGUAUGAUAUUAGAUUAUAUUGUUUGCUUAUAAAGUAAUCGCUUCUAGCCUUAAGAUUGUAACUUGGUUCAAGUAUUUAAGAACAAUGGUCUUGCAUGUGGGUUAACUGUGUAAUAAAUAAUAAUCAUCAUUAUUAACAAUGUUUAAUGUAGUGUAACACUGCUUGCCUGCUAUAAUAAAUGUAUGUGCAGAAUGUA